ACGAUCAGACGGGUUCAGGGAAUAGUCGAGGCUCACGAGUUUGCAACGAUGAAAAUCAGUCGCAAAUCGGACGAACACCUUCUACCAUGACGUUUCUCCGCCGCUCGACCUUGUUGGCGACCCUCGCCCUCGUCCAUGCCAACAACAACAACACGAACGCCGCCUCGAACCGGGACACUUCUUUGACUUUUCUCUACCAGAACAACCUCAACUUGACGGACGAUGCCAAUCACAUCGGUGCGAUCCUCUUGGACCCGAUGCCGAUCGACCAAGCGACGUCGGCUUGUGAGACGCUGAACGAGUCGCUCCUCAACUCGACGGCGAUCAAGCAACACGCUCAAGACUUUACCGACCUCCUCGCCUACGUCGAAUACUCUGGCAAGGUCACUUCGAACCAGUCCUACUCGAUCGCCGAUGGUUACGUCCGAUACGACUCGAGCUCUUCCUCCAAGCUCGUCUACGUCGGGUCGAGCGAUGAUGGGACCGGGAUGACCCUGCCCGCUUUGUGCACCCAGUCUGACCAGCAAAACUACCCCAACGCCACGGCUACGGCUAGUAACAACAUCACCGUCAUCUCCAGCGACGGCAGCAAGACCUUUCUCGGGUUCCGUAACCAAAAGUCUUUCCGCUUCAUCGGGAUCCCUUAUGCCGACCCGCCUGAGCGUUUCCAAUACUCUCACCUGUCCACCAAGGAGGGUGUGAUAGACGCCACCUCGUACGGCCCGUCCUGCUCACAAGCGGGCUCGAACACCAGCUCCGAGGACUGUCUCUUCUUGAACAUCCAGACGCCUUACCUCCCUCGACAAGGUUCCAACGAUUCUCUUCGCCCGGUCCAUUUCUGGAUUCACGGAGGUGGGUAUACGGGAGGAACCGGUGCUGACCCAACAAGCGAUGGCGGUCAACUCGCAUCCCGUGAAGACAUCGUCGUCGUCAGCAUCAACUACCGUCUGGGUACGCUCGGCUUCCUCGCCGUGCCCGGUACGAACAUUACCGGCAACUACGGGAUCGCGGACCAAGUCGUCGCUCUCGAAUGGGUCCAGGCCAACAUCGCCGCGUUCGGUGGAGAUCCUGCCCAGGUGACCAUCAUCGGCGAGUCUGCCGGGGCCGGGUCGGUCAAAGCUCUCUUGAGCGUACCUUGUGCGAACGGGUUGUUCAGGGGAGCGGUCCCCAUGUCCAACCUCGGAGGCGGUCAGACGCUCGGGUUGGAGGGAAACUACGCUACCGAGUACAGCUUGUACCUCACCAUCAAUGAAUCGUACGCCCUCGCUGGACAACAGAUCUUUACCGGUCUAGGUUGCAACUCUACCGACCUGACCGCCCAGAUCGCUUGCCUCAAGACCGCCAACGCCAGUAUGAUCUCCAACUUGGCUACCACGGCUCGAUACGUCGUCCAAGACGGCGCGUACAUCCUCGCCCCGACCCUGAACGUCUACAACAACAACGGGUCGACGGCGAACGUGCAUACCAUCUGGGGCGUCACCGCCAACGACGGUUCCUCCUUCUCCACUUACCCCAAGACCCCUGUCGCCAACCUCUCUUCCGGUCUCCAGGUCGGCUUGGGGAUCAACGCCUCUUACGCCCAGAGCAUCAUCGAUUCCGGUCUCUUCCCGCUUUACGAUACCGGCAACAUCACCGCAGACGCCUUCAACGUCACUCAACGGGUCGCCACGGACACUCAAUUCAGAUGCGUCGAUCAGGCCAUCGUCAACGCCGGCGUCUCAUCCGGCGCUUUCAAGCAGAGCUACUUUUAUCAGAUGGACAGGACGUACUCCGGGUACAACCCCAAUAACAUCGAUGGGACGGGACCGAUCGAGCCGGGGUAUCCUUAUGGAAACCCCAACGAGCCUUAUUACCGAUUACACGGGUCGGACAUGCCUUGGGUAUUUGGCACGCUGACGACGCUCCGAGACGCCGACGACCUCGCCUCGAUCCAACUCGCUACCAGCUACUUUGCCAACUUUGUCCGUACCUCCGACCCGAACCCUUCGGCCGCCUACCUCCAAGCCCGAGGGUACAACACUACUCUCGCUGCUACCCAAACUAGCGGCCAGUGGCAGCCGGUUACCAAUGCUACCGGACCGAUCCGGAUCAUGAAUGUCAACGCUACGACCGCCGUGUUCCAGGAGUUGGACCAGUGCGCGUUCUUGAACUACUCGAUUGCGUAUUAUCAAAUUGCGAGCUUCGAACGAACACAAAUGGAAUCGCAUCUCGAAACAAGACCGAUUGAAACAUAAUCUGAUUUAUGAAACGCAAACUGUAGGCAACAUAGUUCUCGAUAACAAUAUGAUAAUGAUAAUACGAUUGACCGAUUCGA